AUGAACAAUUCCCUGGAUUAUCUGGCCUACCCUGUCAUCGUCUCUAAUCACAGGCAAAGCACAACCUUCAGAAAGAAACUGGACUUUGGCCACUAUCUGUCUCACAAGAAUAGAGUACAAAUAGUGAAGCCUACUGUUGAUACCAAACCUCCAGUGGCGCACACACAUCACCUUUUAAAACUGAGCAAACUACAGGGUGAACAAAAGAGAAUCAACAAAAUCGAGUACGAAAACAAGCAACUCUGUCAGAAGAUCGCAAAUGCCCAUCGCGGCCCUGCCAAGGUGGAUUGCUGGAAUGAAUAUUUUUCUAAGAGAAUUCAAGGCGCUAUAUCAGAAAUACCACGAGAUAUCUUCUCUCCCAAAACGAAUAGGUUACUCGCCAUGGAAAAGAUACAAGAGAAGGUCCUAGGAUUUCCUGGCUGCUUAGAAUCUUAAGACACUCCUGAGUGGCUGAAUGCUCAAUCUUCAGAUGCUUCAAUAAAGCUUGGAACAUAA